GGUUGCUCCUCCUAACAGAGGUGCUUCAGUGUAGGUGGAGGUGGUGCUUUAAAAAGUUGUGAGAGGAGUUUCUUGUUAGUCGAGAGCUAGUCUAUCCCGGGUAAAAUACAUUUGUAACGUGUUACUGAACAGCAGCUCCGGACUCGACGUUUGUCUCGACAAGGCACAUCUAAGAGAGGAGGCAACACAACCUGCGUUUUCCUGGAGUUACUGACUGUCGAGUUGGCAAAGAUGUUUCAGAUAAAAAGGAUCUGUUGCAUUGGUGCUGGAUAUGUAGGAGGCCCAACAUGCAGUGUGAUCGCCCAGAUGUGUCCAGAGAUCACAGUGACUGUUGUGGAUGUCAAUGAGUCCCGCAUCAAAGCCUGGAAUUCAGACACUCUACCCAUCUAUGAGCCGGGUCUGAAAGAGGUGGUUGAAUCAUGCAGAGGAAGGAAUUUGUUUUUCUCCACAGACAUAGACUCAGCCAUCAGGGAAGCUGACCUCGUCUUUAUCUCUGUUAACACCCCGACAAAGACCUAUGGGAUGGGAAAGGGUCGUGCGGCUGACCUUAAGUUCAUCGAGGCGUGUGCACGGCGGAUUGUGGAGGUUUCUGACGGCUACAAGAUUGUCACAGAGAAGAGCACAGUCCCAGUUCGAGCUGCUGAGAGCAUUCGACGGAUAUUUGAUGCCAACACCAAACCCAGCCUUAACCUACAAGUGCUGUCCAACCCAGAAUUCCUUGCAGAGGGAACAGCGGUGCGAGAUCUGAAGGAACCGGACCGCGUCCUGAUUGGUGGCGAUGAAACAGCCGAAGGCCAAAGGGCAAUCAGAGCGCUAUGUGCCGUCUAUGAGCACUGGGUUCCCAAAGCACGAAUCAUCACCACCAACACAUGGUCGUCCGAGCUGUCCAAACUGGCAGCCAAUGCAUUCCUAGCACAGCGAAUCAGCAGCAUCAACAGCAUCAGUGCUCUGUGCGAGGCCACCGGAGCCGACGUGGAAGAGGUCGCCAAGGCAAUCGGCAUGGACCAGAGAAUAGGCAGCAAGUUUCUCAAAGCCAGCGUAGGUUUUGGUGGAAGCUGUUUCCAGAAGGACGUGUUGAAUCUGGUGUAUCUGUGCGAGGCCCUCAACCUGCCUGAGGUCGCCUCAUACUGGCAGCAGGUGAUAGACAUGAAUGAGUACCAGAGGCGGCGGUUUGCCUGCAGGAUAAUUGACUGUCUCUUCAACACUGUUACUGGUAAAAAGAUUGCUCUGCUUGGCUUCUCCUUCAAAAAAGACACAGGUGACACAAGGGAGUCGUCCAGUAUCUACAUCUCCAAGUAUCUGAUGGAUGAGGGAGCCAAGCUGUUCAUCUACGACCCCAAAGUUCUCAAAGAACAAAUCAUUCAUGACCUCUCCCAGCCCAGCAUCUCUGAGGACAACCCAGAAAGAGUGUCGGAGCUGGUGACUGUCACUUCAGACCCUUAUGAGGCUUGCCAAAGUGCACAUGCACUGGUCAUCUGCACUGAAUGGGACAUGUUUAAGGAACUGGACUAUGAGAAGAUCUAUAAGAAGAUGCUGAAGCCAGCCUUUAUAUUUGAUGGUCGUAGAGUGCUGGAUCACCUCCACCCUCACCUCCAGAACAUCGGCUUCCAGAUCGAGACCAUCGGUAAGAAGGUGACGGCAACAAGAAUCCCCUACACCCCAGCAGCUGUCUGUCCUCGCAUCACUGCCACGGAACCUCCCACCAAGAAAGCCAAAGUCUAAAACUCACCUACACACACACACACACACAUUCCUCAUUCAACCUUUUUAUUGCUGGUGAAACGUUAUUCACUUCUCUGUUGUCGGUACACUCCCAUUGAUCCUACAGUGGGUUGGUAAAGAGGAAGAGGUUUGUUGAGCCUUCAGUCCAAAAAUUGUGUGGAAGAAAUUCAGUAAUGAAUCAUUCCAGACAUAGAAACACUUAAUUUUAUACAUCUCAUGUUUAACAGCAUUUAUCAGCCAAACAUUUUAGAAGCAGUUACAUCUGCACGGUCUGUUGUAGUUUCAAAGGAACACUAUUAGAGUGAGUCUAGUUUCUUACAGUAUUUACUAUAUAAUCAUGUAUUGUUGCAGAAUUGCAAAAUUUUAUACUAUUUUUAAAAAUAUUUUUAUAAAUCAUCUUAACUGUAUGUUGAUCAGAACGUGUCCUCUGUAUUAGUGACUGUUUACCUAAAGGGCCAAUGCAAUAAAACGUGAUGUGUGUCCUUAA